GACAAAUCCCUUAUAAAAAAGCACUCUCCAUCUCAACACUUGACCAUUACAGAAUACACAAACCCGGGAUAAACAUUAUGUUUACGUUUACCACACUAUCGAAAAUAGCAUCAAACCCACUGGGAACCCUAGAAGACAUGGCUCACAAACAAAGCGAUAAACAUGGACCCCCAGAUUUCACCAUAAAAUGUAAAGGACAUUCGUUUUUCGUUCAUAGAGAUAUCGUUGCCCCUCAGUCUAAACCAUUAGGUACAGCGAUGAAGACUGGAAAAUUCUUGGAAGGAACAAAUAGAGAAAUAGUAAUGAGUGAUGAAAAAGACGACCCGGAAAUCGUGGCAUUAAUGGUCGAAUUUCUUUACAGUGGAGGGUAUACUAUUUCAUUUCCUUCUAAUUCUUCCUCCUCGUUACGAUCCUCAUCAGACGAAGUAAUUAAAUGUACCCGUCACAUAACUCUCCACAUCUUCUCCGAUCUCUGGGACAUCCCCUGUUCACAAGCACUUACUCUCUCGAAUCUCCAAACUACUCUUUCUCAUCUUCCUCUGUCACAUUUCGCACCGGUAUUGCAAUAUAUCUAUGAAGAGACCCCGGGAUCAUACACGAGCAUCAGACAGAUAGCUGUAAAGGCUUUGAUGGAAAGAUUCACAAUUGGGGAUAUUAUGGAGGAUAGGGAGUUGAGAGAGCUUUUGAGUGUGGAUGGAGAAUGUGCGGUGGAUUUGUUAGUUUGGGGAGAGGAGAGGAGGGUAAAGAGGGAGAGGAGAGUGGGAAGAGAUUGGGAGGAGAGCACGGUUAAGGGAAGAAGAGUGCGGGAGGAGAGUAUGGGGAGGAAGGGGGAUAUUUUGGGAGAGGGCAGAGGAUGGGCUGAUAAUACUGGUGCGAGAUUUUGAGAGGGAUUCGUGAAUGGUGUGUCGUUGAGUAGUUGAUAGGGAGGGGAACGAGGGGUUGUUUUGGAUGGGUCUAGAUUGGAGGGGUGAGAUCUAAGCGAUGACGAUUAACGAUGAUAUUCAACGACUGUAAACCAUAUGAGAUUUUGCCCCAAAAAUGUGAGCCUAAGCGUU